AUGGCUGAACAGUUGAUGCUCAAGGGCACCCUCGAGGGCCACAACGGCUGGGUCACCAGCUUGGCUACCUCCAUGGAGAACCCCAACAUGCUGCUCUCCGCCUCGCGCGACAAGAGCCUCAUCAUCUGGAACUUGACCCGCGACGAGACCCAGUACGGUUACCCUAAGCGCUCGCUCAAGGGUCACUCGCACAUUGUCUCGGACUGUGUUAUCUCGUCUGAUGGUGCCUACGCUCUGUCUGCCUCGUGGGACAAGACUCUGCGCCUCUGGGAGCUCGCCACCGGCACCACCACCCGCCGCUUCGUGGGCCACAACAACGACGUCCUGUCCGUCUCCUUCUCGGCCGACAACCGCCAGAUCGUCUCCGGCUCGCGCGACCGCACCAUCAAGCUGUGGAACACCCUGGGUGACUGCAAGUACACCAUCUCCGACAAGGGCCACACCGAGUGGGUUUCCUGCGUCCGCUUUAGCCCCAACCCCCAGAACCCCGUCAUUGUCUCCUCUGGCUGGGACAAGCUGGUCAAGGUUUGGGAGCUCUCCACCUGCAAGCUCCAGACCGACCACAUCGGCCACACCGGCUACAUCAACACCGUCACCAUCUCCCCCGAUGGCUCUCUCUGCGCCUCCGGUGGCAAGGACGGAACCACCAUGCUCUGGGAUCUGAACGAGUCCAAGCACCUGUACUCCCUGAACGCCGGUGACGAGAUCCACGCCCUGGUCUUCUCCCCCAACCGCUACUGGCUCUGCGCCGCCACCGCCUCGAGCAUCAUCAUCUUCGACCUCGAGAAGAAGAGCAAGGUCGACGAGCUCAAGCCCGAGUCCACCGCUGUCGGCAAGAAGGCCCGCGAGCCCGAGUGUGUCUCCCUCGCCUGGUCCGCUGACGGCCAGACCCUGUUCGCUGGCUACACCGACAACCUCAUUCGCGCCUGGGGUGUCAUGUCCCGCGCGUAA